GUAUGCCUAGCUGUUACUUUUAUACUCUUUGGUGACUUGCGACGUUUAUAUUUAUCCUUUGCCUAACACUCUUGCUCUGAUUUUGCAUCCAUCACAACCCAAUGGACCCAUUUCAUCACAUAAAAUCCCAUAACUUGUGUAGGCAAUAGAUAAUUGUCCAUGUUUUUUUUUGUUGAAAUUAAGACUUUUUUUAUGUUUUGAAAUUGUGUUAUUUGGUGGUCGAUUCGUAUUGGAGUUGAGUCAAUUUUGUUGGGUUUAAUAUUAACAGUACUAUACUAUAGAAGUAGUUCGUUAUGAACUGUCGCCUUCGGAUUAGAACUGCCUGAGUUUUACUCAGUUCAUUUUGAACAUUACAGUGUGUUACGUUUUUAAAUUAUGACAAACGUUUAAAACGUACAUUCGUGUACUUUGCAUUGAUAUCAGGGUUAAGGCGUAGCAAAAAUGCCUGCUAAUAGUUCUUUAAAAAUUGCUGUAAUUUGCUCCAGUAACAUGAACAGAAGUAUGGAAGCUCAUGCGUUUUUGAGCAAAAAAGGAUUUCAAGUAAAAUCAUUUGGAACUGGAGACAAAGUGAAGCUUCCUGGUACAGCACCUGACAAACCAAACUGUUAUGAGUUUGGAGUUACAUAUGAGGAUAUUUAUCAAGAUUUGCUUCUAAAAGACAAAUCUUUUUAUACACAGAAUGGUUUGCUUCACAUGCUUGAUCGAAAUCGGAGAAUCAAAACAAAACCUGAGAGGUUCCAGACAUCAAAGGAGAGAUUUGACAUUCUAGUUACAUGUGAAGAGAGAGUAUACGAUCAAGUGAUAGAUGCAAUGGAGAGCAAGACACCUGUUGAAAAUGCACCAGUGCAUGUAAUUAAUAUUGAUAUACAAGAUAACCAUGAAGAAGCUACACUAGGUGCAUUUCUUAUCUGUGAACUAAUGAUUAAGGUAAACGAAUUAAGUUAUAUAUUGUAGAACUAAGUUAACAAAAAUACAAAUGAUAUCUAGUAUAAUUUCCUUUAUUUUAAACAUGUUUACGAUUUAAUAGUUUCAACAGUAGAAAUAUACUGCAAUUUUUAUCAAAAAUUGUGCAGUGUAUUGAUUUCCUCUUCUCUCAUGAGGCUCGUGUAAAUUUUUAUUUCUAUUCCAUUUUGUUGAGCUUUUUAUCUUUUAAACUAUGUUAACAAUAUUAUAGAAUUAAAUCUGUAGUUUGUUCACUGAAGCAACAAGUUUUGUGUAAUUCAACAGUGAAAAUUUCUUGUUUCUCAAACGUUUAACUUGUUUUGUAUGUAUUAACUAUGUUGUAAAAAGGCAGGGAAGAGCUCAAGAAAACACGCACAGAUUUCUCCUGAUAAGUCACAAGUUUCUACUGUUUUUUUGUCAAUCAAAUUAAAUCUAUCAGCUCUGUCUACAUUGUUUGAUGAACUUAGUUGUGUGGUUAGUUUAUGAUGUACCAUAUUAACCUAGCUUUGUGUCAGCAAUUAUAAAAAUGGAUUUUAUAAUGAAAGUGAAAUUACGUCAAUUAAAAGUCAAUCAGGAGAGGAAGUAGUGGGCAACAUCUGAUGUCCCUGCAGUACCUCUGACCUAGAUUCAAAUUGUGACUGUGGCACAAUUUUCAAUCUCUAUGUAGAUAACUAGUUUCAGUUCAGUCACUAUCUGGAGGAGAAUUCCAGCACCUGACUGUUCUAUUUGGUGGUUUCUCUGAUCAAUACCAGACAAAUGCUGGAGGAGUAUCCUAACAAAUGGGCUAUGG